AUGUUGACAUCACCGACGUUAGAAAGAAUGAACCCAUAUGCAGAAGAAAUAGUUGGGAAUUACAAAUGCAGAUUUAGAAGGGGAAAAUCCACAACGGACCAUAUCUUCGCACUAGGACAAAUAAUGUCAAAAUACUACGAAUUCAGAAAGUACCUACAUCUAGUCUUUGUAGAUAACAAGCAGGCGUAUGAUAGUGUAGACAGAGAGGAGCUUUAGAAGCCACCGGUAAUUUUAGAAAUGCCUAAAAAAUAUGUGUACUUGAUAAAAACACGUUACGAAAAACAUUACGUAGAGUGCGGUUUUUGCGAGGCAUCUUAGAUCCUUUUGAGGUUAAAUCUGGCCUGAAACAAGGAGACAAGGAGACGCUUUUUGACCAGCACUAUUUUACUUACGAAAAAAUAAUAAAAGGCACAAACGAAGACCGAAUGAUAGAGAUAAGCAAUGAUCAGGUUUUGUUAGCGUAUGCAGAUGAUAUUGUGGUAAUGGGUGAAACCAAAGAGGAAGAUUCAUUAACACAACAUCCAAUCACAAAAAUGCAAGUAAAGGAAUGGGGGACGAAGCGAAAACUAUAA